CUGGCCAUUGACUCAUUGAAAAAGACCAGUAAUGUCUGGUCACUCAUCACAUUCCCGUUGUUCGAGGCCUCGGACUUUGAUUCCGAUUUUGACAUUCUUUGCGUUUAUAUCUUAAGAAUUUUAGCGCGAGAAGUGUUUUACGUGAAGACACUCGAGAGAGAUAAAUUUGAUUGUGAUUUGGAGACUAAGUUUAAGACAUUGAGAGACACGAACCGUUUGAAGCAAUUCUCGGCACACAUUCAACAUCUCUUUGAAUCCGUGGAUUUAAUUCCAGAAAACUCGAGACUCUUAUUGAAUGCUUGGAAAGACUUUCUCAUAUCAAUAGCAAAGUUCGAUCCGUUCGGUCUGACCAAAGAGUUAAAGAUGAAUAUAAGCGAAGACAUAAUCGAUAGCCUUUUAGUCCAAUUGCGUAAACCACACGUCGAUAACAAUAUAAUUGCAAUAUUUGCCGAUAUUUUGUUGACUAUAUUUGACAAAUGGAAGGAAACGUGUAUUGAAUCACCCAAUGAAUGGCACUCACGAGUGGAACAGUUGCUCAAAUGUAUCGAAGAAGUGAAAGACAGCCUAUCGUUCAAUGUGUUGAAUUCAAUCGAGACUUUAGUUAUCAAAUACUUGCAAUUCUUCACAAACGACUUGAACUCUUCCGAAUGGAUCGUCUAUUCGGCCAAACUAUUGAACCAAAGUCUU